AUGGAAAGAAACAUAUCUUUCGCCUCACCCUCUUCCUUCAAUUCGCUCGACGGCGAUGUAACAGAGCUUCUGAUUGGUCGACUGACUAACUAUGAGCAGGCGCAUACCCAGAGACUGUCUGCUCUAAUCAAGAUGGCUGGUUUGGUUGGAUUGACGCCGCGAGUCCUGGCCGGCUUUGACAAUUAUAAGUACAGUGCUAUAGACACAAGUCCUAUUGGUAAAUAUAUAACACAUCCCUUUUGGAAUUGGGUGGUGGAAUUUGUUCCAUUAUGGUUGGCACCCAAUGUACUCACAUUCGCGGGAUUUCUUUUGUUGCUAUGCAACUAUAUGCUUAUGACUUAUUAUGAUCUGGAGUUUUAUGCUUCAAGUAAUGACCACCCAUCGUAUCCUCCUAUACCAAACUGGGUGUGGCUUGUUUGUGCCUUUAAUAAUUUUCUCUCUCAUACCCUAGAUGGCAUAGAUGGCAAACAAGCUCGAAGAACUCGAUCCAGUACCCCAUUGGGUGAGUUAUUUGAUCAUGGUCUGGACAGUUGGGCUACCCUCUUUUUACCUAUUGCCCUUUAUUCUGUCUUUGGCCGUGGUGACUACAGUGUGGGAGUCUUUCACAUUUAUUCUAUCCUUUUGGGAACCAUGUUAAGUUUCAUCAGCUCACAUUGGGAGAAAUACAAUACAGGUGUGCUCUUCUUGCCUUGGGGAUAUGAUGCUAGUCAGUUGGCAAUGACACUGUUUUAUUUGGUAACAUUUUUUGGUGGUUAUGAAAUGUGGAAAUUCACAGUACCAAUUAUAAACCAGCCAGCAUCAGUAAUGAUAGAAAUAAUUGCACAUUUGGGAUUUAUUGGUUUGACAUUUCCACCAACAUUUUACAAUAUUUACAAAUCCUACAGAGACAAGACAGGGAAAAUGCGGUCUUUCAAAGAAGCAAUGCGUCCUUUAGUGUCAUCAUUAAUUUUGUUUGCGUUUCUUCUUCUUUGGGCCAUAUUCUCCAAAUAUCAAAUCAUGGAAAAGCACCCUCGUCUUUUCAUGUGGACAACUGGAACUGCCUUUUCUAAUAUCGCUCAAUAUGUUUUUGAAAAAAAAAAAUACUUGUCUUUUUUUUUUUUUUUUUUUUUUUUUUUUCCUUGUCCCUUUUCUUUCUUUUUCGUUGUCCCUUUUCUUUCUUUUUUUCGUUGUUUUUUUUCUUUUUUUUUCGUUGUCCCUUUUUUUUCUUUUUCAUUGUCCCUUUUCUUUCUUUUUUUCGUUGUCCCUUUUUUCUUUUUUUUCGUUGUCCCUUUUCUUUCUUUUUCGUUGUCCCUUUUCUUUCUUUUUCGUUGUCCCUUUUCUUUCUUUUUCGUUGUCCCUUUUCUUUUUUUUUUCGUUGUCCCUUUUUUUUUCUUUUUCGUUGUCCCUUUUCUUUCUUUUUUUCGUCCCUUUUCUUUUUUUUUCGUUGUCCCUUUUCUUUCUUUUUUCGUUGUCCCUUUUUUUCUUUUUUUUUUUCGUUGUCCCUUUUCUUUCUUUUUUCGUUGUCCCUUUUCUUUCUUUUUUCGUUGUCCCUUUUCUUUCUUUUUUUCCUUUUCUUUUUUUUUUCUUUUUCUUUUUUUUUUUUUUUCUUUCUUUUUUUUUGUCCCUUUUCUUUCUUUUUUUCGUUGUCCCUUUUCUUUUUUUUUUUUUUUUUUCCCUGUCCCUUUUCUUUUUUCGUUGUCCCUUUUCUUUCUUUUUCGUUGUCCCUUUUCUUUCUUUUUCGUUGUCCCUUUUCUUUCUUUUUCGUUGUCCCUUUUCUUUCUUUUUCGUUGUCCCUUUUCUUUCUUUUUCGUUGUCCCUUUUCUUUCUUUUUCGUUGUCCCUUUUCUUUCUUUUUCGUUGUCCCUUUUUUUCUUUUUUUCGUUGUCCCUUUUUUUUUUUUUUCGUUGUCCCUUUUUUUCUUUUUCGUUGUUUUUUCCCUUUUUUUUUUUUCGUUGUCCCUUUUCUUUCUUUUUUUCGUUGUCCCUUUUUCUUUUUUUUUCGUUGUCCCUUUUUCUUUUUUUUUUCGUUGUCCCUUUUCUUUUUUUUUCUUUUGUCCCCUUUCUUUUUUUCUUUUUUUUUCGUUGUCCCUUUUUUUUUUUUUUUCGUUGUCCCUUUCUUUUUUUUCGUUGUCCCUUUUCUUUUUUUUUCGUUGUCCCUUUUCUUUCUUUUUUCGUCCCUUGUCCCUUUUCCCUUUUUUCUUUUUUCGUUGUCCCUUUUCUUUCUUUUUUUUGUCCCUUUUCUUUUUUUUUCGUUGUCCCUUUUUCUUUCUUUUUUUCGUUGUCCCUUUUCUUUUUUUUUUGUCCUUUUUUUUCGUUGUCCCUUUUCUUUUUUUUUCGUUGUCCCUUUUCUUUUUUUUCGUUGUUUUUUUUCUUUUUCGUUGUCCCUUUUCUUUCUUUUUUUCGUUGUCCCUUUUCUUUCUUUUUUUCGUUGUCCCUUUUUUUUUUCUUUUUUUUCGUUGUCCCUUUUUUUUUUUCGUUGUCCCUUUUUUUUUUUUUGUCCCUUUUCUUUCUUUUUUCGUUGUCCCUUUUCUUUCUUUUUCGUUGUCCCUUUUCUUUCUUUUUCGUUGUCCCUUUUCUUUCUUUUUCGUUGUCCCUUUUCUUUCUUUUUCGUUUGUCGCCUUAUUGUGGCUCAGAUGAGUAACACUCGAUGUGAGCUCUUCAAUCCUCUUCUUGCUCCUUUGAGUGCUAUUGUCAUCUACGUUAUCUUCCUUAGACCAGGACACAUGGAAGUGUGGUUGCUCUGGACCUACUGUCUAUUGGCAACAGCUGUGCAUCUUUUUUAUGGCAUUUUUGUGGUGCGCAAAUUAUCACAGUACUUCCGAAUACACGCAUUCUCUUUAAAGAAACUUUCCAAAUAA